CUGUGAAGACGCAGCAGAGGAGCCUCACAGCUGCGAAGCGCCGGAAGGCCAAAGGAUGCAGCAGGAGGCAGAGUCCGUUUGCCGGAAACUUCUUUCCGGCCCUUUCGGUCAAUGCCACUCGGAGGUGGACCCCAGGGGCUUCUACGACACCUGCAUGUACCUGCACUGCAGCGGAGCUGGGCUUGGUGCCGUCUGCGAGACCUUUGCCAGCUACGCCCGCGAGUGUGCCCAGAGGAGCGUUUUCGUCAGCUGGAGGCGGGCUGGAUUCUGUGAAAAGUCGUGUGGGCAAGGAAAGCACUACUCCGACUGUGUCUCCUCGUGCCCUGCCAGCUGUGCUGCGGUGGGCGCAGCCGAGGAAGGGCACUGCCGGGACGAGUGCGUGAGCGGCUGUGAGUGCCCGGCCGGCCUCUACCUGGAAGGGGGGGCCUGCGUCCCGGAGAGCCAGUGUCCCUGCUUCCACCGGCGCCAGAAGUUCGCCCUGGGAGAUGUCCUCCAGCAGCGAUGCAACCGUUGCACGUGCCAAGGGGGCCGCUGGCUUUGCUCCCGGGACCAGUGCUCUGGGGAAUGUGCCAUAACCGGUGACCCCCACUACCUGACUUUUGACCGCAAGCGCUUCUCCUUCCACGGCACAUGCCAGUAUACCCUAGUGCAGGAUUAUUUGGAUGGGAAGCUCCACAUUUCCUCAGAGAAUGUGGCAUGUGGGAGUCGAGGGACCAGCAGCUGCCUCCACUCUGUGACCGUCACUGUGCAGAAGGUCUCUGCCCGCCUGUCCUUCAGAGGGGAGCUGUCAGUGAAUGGCCAAGAAGUCUCCCUCCCUUUUGCCAGCGCCGACCUGACGGUGCGCCUUGUCUCCUCCUCCUUCCUGCUUCUGCAGGCCUUUGGGGCUCACUUGCUGUGGGGCCUGGAGUUUCCGGCAGUCUACAUCACCCUCCAGCCUAGCUUUGCCAACAAGGUCCGAGGCCUUUGCGGCACCUACAACUGGAACCAGCAGGACGAGUUCACCACGCCGGAGGGAGACGUGGAGUCCAGCGCCUCCGCUUUCGCCAGCAGGUUCCGCAUCUCACACGACUGCCCCUCCUUCGGCGCGUUCCCUUUUGACCCCUGCAGCAUGUACGCCCAGCGGAGGCAGUUUGCAGAGGCGGCUUGCGAGGUCCUCCACAGCCCCCCCUUCCAGGCCUGUCACGAUGUGGUGGAGCGGGACCCAUUCUACCAGCUCUGCCUCUACGACGUGUGUGGUUGUUCUGCUGGCAAAGACUGCUUGUGUGGUGCUGUGGCCGCCUACGCCAGGCAGUGCGCCCAGGAGGGAGCCCCUGCCGCCUGGAGGAACCAGACAUUCUGCCCGGCGCCGUGUUCUGGGGGGCAAGUCUAUCGGGAAUGUGCGCCCCCCUGCAGAACGACCUGCGCUGACCUGCGCUUGGGCCCCUGCCAGGAUCUGGACCACGUCUGCGUGGCCGGCUGCAACUGCCCAGAGGGGACUUUGCUGGACGACGGCGGGCAGUGCGUCCAGCCUGCCAUGUGCGCCUGUGCGCAUGGGGAAGAGGCGCACCCCCCUGGCAGCAGGAUCCAGAAGGGUUGCAACACCUGCGUCUGUGUGAAUGGGGCAUGGAACUGCACAGAGCAGAGCUGCCCCCAAGCUGUCCUGUGCCCGGGGGAGCUGGUCUACGCCUUUGGCUCCUGCCUGCGGAGCUGCGACAGUCCCGAGGGGAACCUCAGCUGCGCCGGCUUCUCGGAUGGCUGCGUUUGCCCCCCUGGCACCGUCUACUUGAACGAGCACUGUGUCUCGCCAGAGGAGUGCCCUUGUCACCACAACGGCCGGCUGUACCAGCCCAAUGACACCAUCACCAAGGACUGCAACACGUGCAUUUGCCGAAACCGGCGCUGGGACUGCAGCCACCACCACUGCGCCGGGACGUGCGUCGCCACCGGGGACCCCCACUACAUCACUUUCGACGGGCGGACCUACACCUUCCUGGGUGACUGUGAGUACAUCCUGGCCCGGGAGAGCAGCGGGGCCUUCACCGUCACCGCCGAGAACGUGCCCUGCGGCACCAGCGGCACCACCUGCACCAAAUCCGUCGUGGUGCUCAUUGGCAACACAGUGGUCCACCUGCUCCGAGGAAAAGACGUGACCGUGAACGGGGUUUCGGUGCGCCCCCCGAAAACGUAUAGUGGGAAUGGCCUGACCCUGGAGAGAGCAGGGCUCUUCCUCUCGCUUAUCUCCCAGCUGGGGCUGACGGUGCUCUGGGAUGGAGGCACCCGCAUCUACAUCAAAGUGGACCCCAUGUACCAAGGCCGCAUGUCAGGCCUGUGUGGGAACUUUGAUGGGGACACUGAGAACGAUUUCACCAGCCGGCAAGGCAUUGUGGAACCCACAGCAGAUCUCUUUGGCAACUCCUGGCGUGUCAGCCUGCUCUGCCCUGAGGUCAACAGCGAGGAUUUUGAGCACCCUUGCACGGUGAACUCUCACCGCGUGACCUGGGCCCGGAAGCGCUGUGGGGUCCUCUUGCAGGACCUCUUCGCCCCCUGCCACGAGGAACUCCCCUGCCAGCAGUUCUACGAGUGGUGCAUCUUCGACGCCUGCGGCUGUGAUUCCGGAGGGGACUGCGAGUGCCUCUGCACCGCCAUCGCCACCUACGCAGAGGAGUGCAGCCAGCGGGGGUCUGUGCGCUGGAGAAGCCAGGAUCUCUGCCCCAUGCAGUGUGACUACGGGCUGGAGUACGACGCCUGCGGCCCAGCCUGCCCCCCCACCUGCAAGAACUUCGGCCUGGAGGGGGCCGAGCACUGCAGCAGCGAGGCCCUCUCCUGCCUGGAGGGAUGCUUCUGCCCGGAGGGCAAAGUGCUGCAUGGCGGCCGCUGCAUCGACCCCUCCGAGUGCCCUUGCUACUGGGAGGGCACUCUGUUCCCACUGGGAGCCCUGGUGAUGCAGGAAUGCAGGAACUGCUCCUGUGAGGCCGGCUUGUGGCAGUGCGUUGCCCCCCUAGAACCUUGCGCCACAUCGCCCCGCUGCGCCGAGACAGAGUUUGCCUGCCACACAGGUGGGCGCUGCGUGCCCGGUGCCUGGGCAUGCGACAAUGAGGACGACUGUGGGGACGGCUCAGACGAGUUCUGCACCUUGAGCUGCGCCCCUCACCAGUACCAGUGCGCCAGCGGACAGUGUGUGCCCUGGGGAUACCGCUGCGACGGAACUGCGGACUGUCUGGACGGCUCGGACAAGAGGGACUGCCCACUGCCCGCCUGCGCCUUGCAGGAGUUCCGCUGCGCCAACGGGCGUUGCAUCCCCCGUGAGCAUCUCUGUGACGGGGAAAUGGACUGCGGCUUUGCGGAUCAUUCUGACGAGGCAGGCUGUGGGCCCCCCUGUGGGCCGAGCGAGUUCCGCUGUGCAAUGGGGCUCUGCUUGCCGUACCUCCACCGCUGCGACCGGCACAACGACUGCGGAGACUUCAGCGACGAGAGCGGCUGCGUUUGCCCGGCUGGGGAGUUCCAGUGCCCCGACGGCCAGUGCCUUCCCCAAACUCUGCUUUGUGACGGGAAGCAGGACUGUCCCGCCGGAAUGGAUGAAGCGUUCUGCCCAGGCCGUGUGACGUGUGCCCCUGGGCAGCUACCUUGUCCGGAUGGCGCUUGCGUGAGCCGCUCCCAGGUGUGCGACGGCCUGCGCGACUGUGCCGAAGGCGCCGAUGAGAAGCCACCGCACUGCCCGGCGCCCCCGACCACACCUCUGGCAGCCACCCUGCCCCCCAGUCUUCCUGCGACUCACCCGUCCCCCGUGAACAGGACUCUGGCGCCACCCUGCGGCCGCUACGAGUUCCACUGCCACAGCGGGGAGUGCCAGCCGCGCGGCUGGGUGUGCGACAACGAAGCUGACUGCCUGGAUGCCAGCGACGAGCUCCAGUGCAACCGCACCUGCGGCCUGGACCAGUUCCCCUGCGCCCAUGGGGCAGAGUGCAUCCACUACAGCCGGCUGUGCGACGGCGCCCCCCACUGCCAGGACCACUCGGACGAAAGCGUCGACACCUGCGGCUCCACGCAGAUCCCGCCCUGCCCAGGCUUCUUCAUCUGCGACAACCGCAUGUGCAUCAAUGUUUCCCGGGUGUGUGACGGCUCCCCAGACUGCCCCCAGGGAGAGGACGAGAUGGCCUGCGAGAGCCACGUGGUCCGUCCCGGCGAAAGGAACCAGACCGCGGGACCCUGUACGGAGUACUCCUGCGGGGAUGGCGCCUGCAUUGCCUUUAAACAGGUGUGCAAUGGCCUGGCCGACUGCACCGACGGCACAGAGUCCUCCGGCUGGCUGCCCUCGGACGAGCGGGACUGCGGCCUCUGGAGCCCCUGGGCUCCCUGGAGCUCGUGCAGCCGCUCCUGCGGGACGGGGCUGCAGGUGCGCCGCAGGUCCUGCACCCGGCGGGCGGACGACGUCCUUCGGCACUGCCUGGGAGAAGAAGCCCAGGCCCAGCAGUGCUUCGCGGUGGCCUGCCCAGUGGACGGUGUGUGGAGCGAAUGGGCGACGUGGUCCAACUGCACCCAGGACUGCCGUGGCGUUGUGGUCCGGCGGCGAGAGUGCCUGCCCUCCCAGAACGGGGGUCGCCACUGCACAGAGAUGCCAGAGGCUUUGACCAGCUCCAUCGAGAUCGAGCUGUGCCAACGGGAAGAUUGUGCCAACGCCUCCACCUGCCCCGGGGAGCUGGUCAGCCGGAAGUGUGCGCCUUGCCCCACCUCCUGCGCCGAACUCUCCAGCCGCACGCGGUGCAGAAAGGACCGGCCCUGCAGGCCAGGGUGCUGGUGCCCCGAUGGGCUGGUCCUGGAUAGCGAUCAGCAGUGCGUGCGCCCCCGAGAGUGUCCCUGCCAGGUGGAGGGCAUCCGCUACUGGCCCGGCCAACUGGUGAAGGUCAAUUGCCGCAUCUGCACUUGCCAGGACGGUCAGAUGAAGCGCUGCCGGCAGAACCCGGAGUGCACAGUGAAUUGCGGCUGGUCCUCUUGGUCGCCCUGGGGCGAGUGCCUGGGUCCCUGCGGGGUGCAGAGCAUCCAGUGGUCUUUCCGCAGCCCCAACAACCCCAGCAAGCACGGCAACGGCCGCCAGUGCCGAGGCAUCUACCGCAAAGCCCGCAGGUGUCAGACGGAUCCGUGCGAAGAGUGCGAGCACCACGGCCGGGCACAUGCCAUUGGUGACCGCUGGCGCUCGGGGCAGUGCCAGGUGUGCCAAUGCCUGCCCAACCUGACCGUCCAGUGCUCCCAGUAUUGCCCCUACAGCACGGUGGCCUGCCCUGAGGGCCGAGUCCUGGUCGAGGGCCGAGGAGACGCCUGCUGCUACUGCGUGGAGGCAGGUGAGAACCGGACAGCUCUGCCAACUGUGCCAGCCCUGGGACCCCUGGGGCCCACCGUGGCCAGUCCGGCUGCCUUGACCACAGCCUUGCCCUUCAACACCUUCCCAAUGCCCCCUCUCGGAGACCUCUGCUACGGCCCGCUGGGCAUUGCCUCUCUGCCGGACGCCAGCUUCACGGCUUCCUCGCAGCAGCCAGAGAACCCGGCUCACGCCGCCCGCCUCAACCGCGUCCUGCCCAGCGCCGACCUCCAGGGCUGGGCUCCCCCAGCAGACGUCUAUCCUGAGCUGCUCUCCCGGCCCCCCUUCCUGCACGUGGAUCUGGGGGAACCCAGGAACCUGACAGGGGUGGUGGUGCAGGGGGCCGGAUCCUCUGAUGCCUACGUGACCAGCUUCUUCCUGCGGUUCAGCCUGGACGGCGUGAGGUGGCACGACUACCACGAGGCCUCUUCCACGGGCACCGUGCCCGACCUAAAGCUCUUCCAAGGGAACUCCGACGACUCAACGCCCGUGGUCAGGACCUUCCAGCGCAUGGUGCGCGCCCGGCAUGUCUGGAUCCUUCCCCGCGACUUCCACAAUGGGAUCUUCCUCCGUGUGGAGCUGCUGGGCUGUGGGAAAGUGUCCCCAGAGCCUCCCGGGACCCCAACCGUGCCACCCACUGCCAGGCCUUGCUGGACCGGGGAGUUCCAGUGCCAGAACGGGCGCUGCGUCCCCGCUGGGCCCCAUGGGGCCAUUUGCGACGGAUUCAACGACUGCGGGGACUUCUCGGACGAGAGGCACUGCGGAGUCGGCCCAUCUCCAGAGCCCUCCAUCCCAGGGGGCUGCUUGCCCUCCCAGUUCCGCUGCGCCACGUCGGGGGUCUGCAUCCAAGCUUCCCAGAGGUGCGAUGGGGUCACCGACUGCCCAGACGCCGACGAUGAGGUCGGCUGUGUGCCCGAAAGCAGAGCGCCCCCGGCUGGGACCAGCAGCUCCUGGACCUCUGAAAAACAGCCGACGAAGCCUUCCGUGCCCCACGCAACUCAGGUGUCCCCCAGCAGAUGGCCGCUUCCUGAAGGUCUCACCUUCCCCCAGCCAGGUUCCUGCAGCGAAGCCCUCGGUCUGGAAGACGGGCGAAUCCACCAGCAGCAGCUGAGCGCCUCGUCCUACCAGGACGGGAACCCACCAGACGCCGGGCGCCUCAACAUCGUGCCCAACAUGCAGAACAUGGCCCCCGGGUGGAGCCCGGGCCCCUCGGACCCCGACCCCUAUUUCCAGGUGGACUUCCUUCAGCCCACGUUCCUCACUGCCGUGGUCACGCAAGGCGGGGGGCCCUCCCGGGGCUACGUCUCCCGUUACCGCCUGGUCUACAGCGACGACGGGGUCAACUUCCGGGAUUACGCCCGAUCUGGAUACGGCCCUAGCGCUUCCCUGCGGGCCCAGGUUCUGGAGGGCAACUUCAACAGCGCCACGGCAAUGCGCCAGGAGCUGCGCCCACCCAUCUUGGCCCGCAUCCUCCGCCUCGUGCCCAUGGAGUUUCGCGGGAGCCCCUCCUUGCGCAUGGAGGUGAUCGGCUGCCCCUGGACUGGUGUGACCUCUACGGUCACUGGCACAAGACCUCCUGCCCCAGAGAGAGCAUCUCUUCCGCAGUGGCGCACCGGGCUGCCAAGUGUAUCGCAGGAGUCCCAGCGCCCUGGAGGAGCAACCGGCAUCCCAGAAUCGCCCCGGAUCCAGCCCUCCAAGGAGCAUCCCGUCUCGCCUUCCUGGUCCACCUCCUGGCCAUUGGGACCCGCUUUGCCCAGACUCGCCACUGGUACCCCUGGCACGACGGUGCUGCCCGCGUCCCAAACCUUUCCGUACCAGCCAGGCCUGCGAACCACGCUGUCCGCGCUGACUCGAACUCCCAGCCCCGGGCUUCCCAGAAUCCUCUGCACCCAGGGGCAGUUCGCCUGUGAAGUCUUCGGCUGCGUUGAGGCCGCCUUUGUUUGUGACGGCCAAGAAGACUGUCUGGAUGGUUCGGACGAGACGCACUGCGGUGGUCCCACUGCUCCCGCCACCCCCGCCGCCACCCUGCUGCCCCCACUGGGCCCUCCCAGCGUCUGCUCUGCCAAGCAGUUCACCUGCGGCAGCGGGGAAUGCCUGGCGCUGGAGCGGCGCUGCGAUCUCCGCCAGGAUUGCCAGGAUGGGUCCGACGAGGCCAACUGUGCGGACUGCAUCAUGUCCCCGUGGACCACCUGGAGUGAAUGCAGUCGGUCGUGCGGGCUGGGGGUGACCUUCCGGCGCCGGGACUUGCUCCGCAACGCGCUCCCCGGGGGGCAGUGUGACCGCGAUGAGUUUGACAGCCGCUCCUGCUUCCUGCGGGCCUGCCCAGUUAACGGCGCCUGGGCAUCCUGGGGCGAAUGGUCGGACUGCGAUGCCGAGUGCCGUGGCGGCGUGCGGAGCCGCACCAGGACCUGCGCCGACCCCCCGCCCAAGAACGGGGGGCAGCCUUGCCCGGGGGACGCUGUGCAGAUGGAGACUUGCAACCAGCAGCCCUGCGGAGAUGCCCGGGACUGUGGGCCAGACAUGGUCUACGUGCAAGCCGGGCACUGCGAUCGAGGCCUCGUGGCUCCCUGUCCCCAAACGUGCCGCCAGCUCAGCCUGAAGACGAGUUGCCCCAGCAGCUGCGUGGAGGGCUGCCGCUGCCCCCCGGGGCUCUUCCUGCAGGACGGGGGCUGCGUGAACGUCAGCCAGUGCCACUGCUUCUUCGACCACGAGCGCCGCCUCCCGGGGGAGAUGUUCCUGAGGGACAACUGCAGCCAGUGCGUCUGCCUGGAAGGCGCCGUGACCUGCGACUCAGUUUCCUGCCCCGUGAAGUGCGGCUGGUCAGCUUGGUCUCCGUGGAGCCGUUGCGGAAGGAGCUGCGGAGUCGGCAUGCAGCAGAGAUUCAGGUCUCCCUCCAACCCGGCUGCUGCCAAUGGUGGUGCCCCGUGCCAAGGCGAUGCCCAGGAGGUCCGCGAAUGCCACACCGUCUGCAUCUCAGAGAUCACCUUCGCCUGGAGCGAAUGGACGCCCUGGUCCCCCUGCUCAAAAACCUGCUACUACGCCACGGACAUGGUGGGCGUCAGGAAGCGGUUCCGGGACUGCAAUGGCACCACGGACGCCGCCAGCUGCAGCGGAGAGACGGUGCAGGAGGAGCUUUGUGACACGCCCCCCUGCCCAGUGGAAGGCAUCUGGACCCCAUGGACCUCCUGGUCCCAGUGCUCGGCCCCUUGCGACUCCGGGGUCCAGACCCGCAACCGCACCUGCUCCAAGCCAGCCCACGGGGGCCCAGAGUGCUCCGGACCCCUCAUCCAGACCCGCGAUUGCAACACCCAGCCCUGCAAAGCGCUCUGCCCGGGGAACCUGGUGUACCAGACGGCCGAGGAGUGCGAGCGGAAGGGGGGCGCCUGCCCUCGCCUCUGCCUGGACCAAGGCUCCCACGUGGAGUGCGCCUCCCGCUGCCGUGAGGGCUGCUCCUGCCCCGGGGGUCUCUUCCUGCACAACGACACCUGCCUGCCGCUCAGAGAGUGCCCUUGCUACCACCAGGGGGAGCUCUACCAGCCGGGGGACGUCGCCCUCCUGGACUCCUGCAACAACUGCACCUGCAAAGAUGGAGAGAUGGUGUGUACCACGGAGCCCUGCCCAGCCGACUGCGCCUGGAGCGACUGGACGGCCUGGGGCUCCUGCAGCCGCAGCUGCAACGUGGGCACUCGGCGCCGCUUCCGCUCCAGCUCCCAGCCCCCUGCCUCCGACGGAGGACAGCCCUGCCAGGGACCCAAUGUGGAGAUUGAGUUCUGCAGCCUGCAGCCUUGCCAGGCUUCUGGCAUGGAGUGGGGGCCCUGGUCUGAGUGCUCUGUGCCGUGCGGAGGCGGAUACCGGAAUCGCACAAGGGCCAGCCUGACCAUCUUACGCCGGAUCGAAUUUGCCACCUGCCACCUUCCCCCCUGCACAGGUGAGGUGCCCGGCGUCUGCCCGGAGGGGAAGGUGUGGCAGGAAUGUGCCGACGGACCGGCUUCCUGCGCGGAGCUCAGUGCGGUGCCCAGCGCCAACAAGACCUGCCAUGCUGGCUGCUACUGCCCCAACAGCACCUUCUUGCUGAACAAUCUCUGCGUGCCGGAGGAGGACUGCCCCUGCGCCCUCGAUGGGAUGCUGUACGGCCCGGGAGACGUGGUACCCAGAGGCUGUGAAAACUGCACCUGCCUCUCCGGUCGGGUGCGCAACUGCUCCAGGGCAGCCUGCGGUGACGUGAACGGCCAGUGGUCAGAAUGGACCCCCUGGAGUGAGUGCUCAGCGUCCUGCGGGCUGGGGCUACAGAACCGGUACCACUUCUGCACGGAUCCCCCUCCGUCUGGGAUGGGGCUGCCCUGCUUGGGUCCCGAACGCGAGGACAAACCUUGCCAGGCCCAGCCCUGUGCCCGGAACGGGGGCUGGGGGGGCUGGAGCCCCUGGACCGACUGCACCGCCAGCUGUGGGGGAGGCAUGAGGAGCCGGGCGAGAGCCUGCGACACCCCCGCCCCACAGGGGGGCGGGGACUACUGCGAGGGGGUCCCCACCCAGGUGGAGGGAUGCAGCUUGAACCCGUGUCCAGGUGUGGACUGCUCUGCCCUGGAGGGCGCCACCUACAGCCGCUGUGGGCCCCCCUGCCCCCGCUCCUGCGACGACAUCUCGCACUGCCUGUGGACCUGCGAGCCCGGCUGCUACUGCACCAGGGGGAAAGUCCUGAACAGCACGGCCUGCGUGGAGAAGGACCUGUGCACCUGCCUGGACCUGCUCACCGGCCUCCGACACCUGCCGGGAGAGACCGUCCCUCGCUCCGACGGAUGCAACACCUGCACCUGCUCCAAAGGGAAGCUGAUCUGCACCAGUCAAGCUUGUGCCGUUCCCGGCGGGUGGUGCGACUGGUCCCCAUGGAGCCCCUGCUCCAGGACGUGUGGCAACGAAGGUCACCCGCUACCGGGCCUGUGCUUGCCCCAAGCCCCAGAACGGGGGUCCCGAGUGCGAGGGACUGCAGGAGCAGCACGGCGACAGCGGAAUCCAGCUCCAGAGGAAGGAGUGCCCCAUGGACUCUUUCUGCCCAGUGGACGGGGCCUGGAGCACGUGGAGCCCCUGGUCCCCUUGCGACGCCUGCGGAGGAGAGUCGGCCCGGAUCCGGGAGUGCAGCAACCCCCCUGCCCGCUUUGGGGGGCUUCCCUGCCCUGGCGAAGCCCGGCAGACCCUCCCGUGCCACGACGGAGUCACCGAGUGCGAAGACUGCAGCGGGGGGCAGGUGUCGUUCCCCUGCGGCAAGGCCUGCCCACGCACCUGCGAGGACCUGCACCCGGACACCGCCUGCUUGGACAGCCCCCAGUGCCAGCUCUCGUGCGCCUGCCCAGGCGGGCAGCUGCUGCAGGAUGGUGUGUGCGUCCCGCCAGUGCACUGCCGCUGCAAGUACCAGAACACCUGGCUGGGUGUCCCCGAAGGACGGAAUCUCUCUCUGUGGUCAGGGCUCCCCCCCUGGGAGUACGUCCAGCCUGGGGAGACGGUGACUGGCCCUGCCAGAACUGCACCUGCGUGGCCGGGCACCUGCAAUGCGACGUGGACCCCUCGUGCCGCCUGGAUGGGGGCUGGGGCCCCUGGGGGCCCUGGUCGCCCUGCAGCCAGAGCUGCGGGGAGGGAGCCGAGUUCCGAUUCCGCGAGUGUGACCACCCAGCCCCCCAGAACGGAGGCAGGGGGUGCCUGGGCAGCAGGGAGCAGCAGAAAGCUUGCCAGAGCCAGCAAGAAUGCCCAGAGGAGGACGCCUGGGGCGACUGGUCCCCCUGGGAGCCCUGCAGUGUCUCCUGCGGAGGAGGAGAGCAAAUGCGGAUCCGCCGGUGCCGGGAGCCCGACUGCCAGGGCUUGGCCGCCCAGAGCAAGACCUGCAACACACAAGUGUGCCUUGAGGUCGGCUGCCCGGUGGGGCGUCUGUACCGCGAAUGCCUGCAGGAAGAGGGGUGCCCCUACAGCUGCGCCCAUCUCACCCGCCAGAUGGACUGCUUCUCGGACGGCUGCGAGGAAGGGUGCCACUGCCCCGUGGGCACCUACCAGCACGAAGGGGCCUGCGUCCAGGAGUGCCCCUGCAUCCUGACCGAAGACGCCCUCAAGAUGUUCUGGAACCACUCCUCGGAUCCCAGCCCCCCUCUGGACAUCCUCACAGCCCAGGGUCAGCGGCUCUCCCUGGGAGAAGAAGUUGCCCCAAAUACCACCAUCUAUUCUGCCUGCAGCAACUGCUCCUGCCGCAACGGGCAGCUGGUCUGCGCUUUCUCCCGCUGCCCCGUGGACGGGGGCUUCUCAGCCUGGAGCCCGUGGGCCCCCUGCUCCUUAACCUGCGGGGGGCUGGGGAACAUGACCAGGACAAGAGAGUGCGCCAACCCCAAGCCUGCCAACGGCGGGAAGGGAUGCGCCGGCCCUCGAGUGGACAUCAAGUACUGUCAGACGCUGGAUUGCCAAGCGGUGACUGGACCCACAAAACAGCCUGUCUCUGUCGUCCCAGGCUCCGAGGAGGACAGCUUCACCCCUUGGUCACCCUGGACGCCUUGCUCCAAAACCUGCAGUGACCCCGACCUGCCGGCCCUCAAGACCCGCAUGCGGUUCUGCCAAGGGUGGGCCAACUGCACGGGGGACUCCUUCCAGGAGCGGGAGUGCAACCUGCCCCAGUGCACAGACGCCCCCCUGUGCCAGGGCGAGGAAUGCCUGGGCCUGAACUGCACUUGGAACGCCUGGUCUCCCUGGAGCGCAUGUUCCCGCAGCUGUGGGGUCGGGCAGCAGCAGCGCCUGCGGACCUACAACCCGCCGGGGCAAGGAGGGCACUGGUGCCAAGAUAUCUUGACGGCCAACGCGGAGCGGCAGUUCUGCAACCUGCAGGCUUGCAAAGUGGACGGUGCCUGGUCCAAGUGGAGCCCCUGGUCGUGGUGCGACCGCCUCUGCGGCGGGGGGCGCUCGUCGCGGACAAGGAUGUGCACCAGCCCCCCACCCAAAAACGGGGGGCGCCACUGCCCCGGGGAGAAGUACCAAGUGCGAGUCUGCAAUGCCAAACCCUGCGAGGAGGGCUGCCCCCCAGAGAUGCUCACGGUGGGCUGCGCCAAUGAAUGCCCACGCCACUGCUGGGACCUCCAGGAGGGCAUCGCCUGCCAGGACGGGGAGGUCUGCGAGCCCGGCUGCCGGUGCCCGGAGGGGACGCUGGAGCAAGACGGCGCCUGCGUCCCCCCCGCCCACUGCGAGUGCACCGAUGCCCAGGGGCACAGCUGGGCGCCGGGCAGUGUCCGCGACGACGGGUGCGACAACUGCACCUGCUCCGGGGGGAGGCUGCUCUGCACCAACCACACCUGCGCCCCCAGCGAGUGCGCCUGGAGCCUCUGGUCCAGCUGGUCCCAGUGCAGCGUCACCUGCGGGAACGGCCUGCACACCCGCUUCAGGACCCCCACAUCCGGCUCAUGGGCUGCUGAGUGUCUUCAGGAGGAGCUGCAGACUCGCCCCUGCGCCCCAGGAUCCUGCCCCCCUCUGUGCCUGCACGAGGGGCGGGAGAUGGGUCUGGGGAGCACCUGGCUCCUGGGAGAGUGCCAGCAAUGUAUUUGCACCCCGGAGGGCGUCUAUUGCCUGGACAUCGCCUGCGCAGUGCACGGAGCCUGGACCCCCUGGUCGCCCUGGUCCGACUGCCCCCUCACCUGCGGCCGAGGCACCCAGAUCCGCACCCGGGCCUGCGUCAACCCACCGCCACGCAACGAGGGCCUCCCCUGCGCCGGCCCCGAGACGCAAGCGCAGAACUGCUCCAUCCCGCCCUGCCCAGGGGACGAGCUGUGCCAUUGGUCCUCCUGGGGUCCGUGUUCGAGAUCUUGCGGAACGGGCUUGGCCACGCGGAUGGGGACGUGUCCUUGCCCGACCCCCGAGGAGGCGGCUGCGGGAGUGUUUUGCAAAGAUGGGCACCGCCAGGACGUGGAGGCUUGCUACCUCGGGGCUUGCGAAGAGUGCCCCUGGAGUCCCUGGACAAAGUGGACCAGGUGUUCGUGCAGCUUCCUGGUGCAGCAGCGAUACCGGAACCAGCGUGGCUCGGGGGGCGACGGACAGCCCUGUGUGGGGCUGGACGGCCAGUUCCGCAUGUGCGACUAUUCCCAGUGCUCAGAGUCCAGCUGCGAGGCCCCCUUUGAAUUCCGGGAGUGUGGCUCCCCCUGCGACAGCCUCUGCUCCACCAUGCGCCACCCAGAGCUAUGCAAGGACAUCCCCCACUGCCUGCCUGGCUGCUACUGCCCACAGGGCCUGGUGGAACAGAACGGGGCCUGCGUCCCGCCCUCGCAGUGCGGCUGCCUCCACCUCAGCCAAUCGGAAGGCCCCGUAUCCUUGGCGGCAGGAGACACCGUUUCGAUUGGCUGCAAGGAGUGUAUCUGCCAGCAGGGGGAGCUGCAGUGCAGCAGCGAAGGCUGCCAAGGUCUGCUUCCAGUCAGCGCCUGGUCAGAGUGGACAUCCUGCUCCUCUUGCCUGCCUUUCGUGGCCCUCGGCCCCAGCGUGGUCUCCAACCUCAGCUGGUCCCCUGGAGAAGGAGACCCCUGGCCUGCUCUGGUGUCCGUCCAGCAUCGCUUCCGACUCUGCCUGGACCCUCAGACGGGCAGAAGCUGGACAGGACUGGCCACUCUGUGCUCAGCCGAGCUGGAUCAGGAACGCCUUUGCCCGGAUCCUCACAUUUGCGAAGACUUCUGCCUGUGGAGCGUUUGGACCUCCUGGAGCCCCUGCCGUGCUCCCUGCAGCGGGGGGUUCCGCACGCGCCAGCGCUACGCCCGUCACCCAUCAGGAGAGACCCGGUGCCACGGGCCGUGGUCCCAGUCCGAGAGCUGCAACACGGCUGCCUGCCCAGGAGAGGAAUGUGAAGAUCGGGGCAAAGUUCGGGCCCCGUCCUGCGCUAACAGCUGCCCUCGCACCUGCACAGACCUCUGGGAGCAUGUGGAGUGUCUGCAAGGGGACUGCAAGCAAGGAUGCCGGUGUCCUGACGGGCAGCUCCUCCAGGACGGGGUCUGCGUUCCGAUCCCGGCUUGCCGCUGUGGUCUCCCCACGGCCAACAUCACCCUGGAGGUCAUGCCAGGCCAGGCGGUGGAGCUGGAUUGCCACAACUGCACCUGUGCCAACAGCACCUUCUUGUGUCCUGAGAAGGAGUGCCCGUCCUACGGGGAAUGGUCCGCAUGGAGCCCCUGUUCUGCCAGCUGCGGUGGGGGCAGCACCCUGCGGCACCGGCAGUGCCACGAGAGCCCUGUGGGAGCCCCCUGUGCCGCCGAUGCCAUGGAGGAAGCAGCCCAGUGCAGCCCACAGCCCUGCGAGGCCGCCUGCCUACUGAGUGAGUGGUCAGCCUGGAGCCCUUGCAGCGCCACCUGUGGAGGAGGCGAGUCCGAGAGGAACCGCAGCCUCCUCUCCCCACCGCUGGGGGAGCCCUGCGCCGACCCGCUCCUGCAGCACCACGCCUGCAACACGCAGAACUGCACGCCAGAAUGCCCAGGAUACCAAGUCUACAGCGACUGCGCCAACGCCUGCCCGCGGUCGUGCUCCGACCUGCGCCCUCACACCCAGUGCCUCCGUGAGGAAUGCCAGCCGGGCUGCGCUUGCCCCCCCGGACAGGUGCUGCAGGACGGGGGCUGCGUCCCCCCAGAAGAAUGCCGCUGCCAGCUGGGCUCGGUGCCCACCAUGCCCUGGGCUGCCAACAUUUCCGAAGAGGAACGGGGACAGGAGCACCCGCCGGGCAGCGUCAUUCGCCACGAGUGCAACAGCUGUGUCUGCCAGAGGGGGGUCUUCACCUGCACCCAGGAGGACUGCGAUGUGCCCUGCGUCUGGUCGGAGUGGUCCCCGUGGUCACCCUGCUCCGUGACAUGUGGCUCCGGACAACGGUCGUCCCGGCGCCACCGCCGCCAGCUGCGCCUCUAUGGCGGUGCCGAGUGCGAAGGACCCUCUGAGCGCUGGAUGUCGUGUUCGCUCCCAGACUGCGCCUGCCCUGCUGGCGAGCUCUGGCUCAGGACCGAUUCCCCCGCCCCCUGCGAGCGAGGCUGCCACCAGAUCUACGAGGAUCCCCUGCAGAACUGCACCCCAAGAUCUGGGCAGGGUUGUGUGUGCCAGCUGGGGCACUACCGGAACAAGAGCGGGCACUGCGUCCUGGCCGCUCACUGCGAGUGUGAGCAUCGGGGCCAGAUUUACGCGGCUGGCACAGAAUGGCAGGAGGGCUGCAAAACUUGCCAUUGCCUGAACGGGAGGGCCCUGUGUGAGGCUACCUGCCCCCCGAUCACCUGCCUUGAGGGCGAAGUCAAAGUACAGGAGGCCGAGAGCUGCUGCCCGCUGUGCAGGAAGGAGCUGCCGGAAGACCACCCUCAGCCCGACUGCCAGCACCACACAGAGCUCCGCAACAUCACCAAGGGCAGCUGCUUCCUGGCCGGCGUGGAGGUGAGCUACUGCCGGGGGCGCUGCCCCUCCCACACCAACGUCAUCCCCGAGGAGCCCUACCUGCAGACCGUGUGCGAGUGCUGCAGUUACCGCCUGGACCCUGUCAGCCCCGUCCGCAUCCUGAACCUGCAGUGCCAGGGGGGUGAGACGGAGCCCGUCGUUCUGCCCGUCAUCCACCAGUGCGAGUGCAGCAGCUGCCAAGGUGGCGACUUCUCCAAGCGCUGACGACGUCCCCGCAGGCGAAAAGACCAGGCCCUUCCAUGGCGGAAUGGGACGUCUCCCCUCCCAGGAUGCAAGAUGGUUUUUUCAUGUUUCCCAUUGCCUCUUCUCUCCUCUCUUCCAAUUUCCCAUGCACACACACACACAGAGCACGGCACAGAUUUCUCAAUAAACUCAGCCAGCAGCUUC